AUGGGGCCGCCAAUCCAGGCGCAGGCGGAGGCAGCGGAGCAGGAGGAUGCCGCCGCUCUGGGCUUCUUCUUCAAGAGCGCUGGCACGCUCAAAUUCAAUAAUGCCGCGGAGACAGAGGUCCCGGGGUCAUCUCAGACGGUGGUGGUGGCGGAUCGCUUCGGCCUCGCCGUGUUCAGCGACCUGCAGGGCAUCUACGUGGCGGCCACAAACGACCUUCUUAUCCAAGCCAGCAGCGAGGACCCCGCAAAGUGA